AUCAAUCGCUUUUGAAAAACAAUUAUAUAAAGAUUGCUGUAUGGUAUAUUCGUAUUUGUACGUCAGAUGGUUAUGCUCAAAAAAUAUAUUUAAACGGUUACGCUUUCAACAGCAAAACUGUAACCAACAAUUCAAAAUGCUUCUGAAAUUUGAAUGCGCCUUAAAUAAGGAUUUGGCUUUCCGGGCCACCGCGUGCCCUCUGGCGGUAAAGAGUGGUUGUACUGUAGUAAACCGCGUUAAUUCGCGCAUCAUCUACUGUCGUACAUAGCAAUUCUCGACUUGAGUUACAUGUGUCCCUCUCCAAAAGCACCAGCGGUUUGUCCUGCAUGCGAGUAUGAAACGCGCUUCGCCGGGAAAAAUAAUACAGAGGUGGAUGUCUCGUUGCGUUAUUUAAAGUGCCCACCUUCCUCGCGAAUAACACCCAUCGAGCGCAUUUCCCUGAGGGAUUACAUACGAUGGACCUGCACAUCCUGGACCACCGACUACGAGUGACAUGUAUCAGCAAAACCGGACUGGAACAUUACACGCAUCCACUGAUCAAGCUGAUAUUUCUGAGGAACAGGACGAGAUGCAAAUUUUUCAGUCUCACAGAAACUCCUGAAAAUUACACAGUCGUCCUUGACGAGGAGGGAUUUAAAGAGCUUCAGCCAUCAGAGCAUUUACAGGUUGAGGGCUCCACCUGGCUCCCGCUCAAUGUCGUCUCUAAUGGAAACGCCUCCAGCAGUUCGCAGGCUGUUGGCGUCACCAAGAUCGCCAAGUCUGUGAUCGCUCCUUUGGCCGAGCAACACGUGUCAGUCUUUAUGCUCUCCACGUACCAGACUGACUUUAUUCUGGUGCGAGAGAAAGACCUGUCUGUGGUGGUGGAGACUCUGGAGGAAGAGUUUAAUAUUUUCAGAGAGGAGGGGGGUGAAUCGGUGCCCGUUCACGGUCAGGAUGUUUUGAACGGACUUCAGAAAAAUGGCAGAGAGGUACCGCAUGCAACGCUUCAUCCAGUGAUGAUUCCAGAAAAUCAGUUCUGUGUAAUGAGUUUGGAUCCGGAUACACUGCCAGCGAUCGCCACAACACUUAUAGACGUUCUGUUCUACUCUAACAGUCCUAAAGAGGGCGCCAGUGUGGACCAAGAGAUGGAAUGUAUCAAAUUCUUUUCUUUCUCCCUGAUUGAAGGAUACGUUUCCUUGGUGAUGGACACAGAAGCACAGAGACAAUUCCCAGCUGAUCUUCUCUUCACCAGUUCUUCAGGUGAGCUAUGGAGGAUGGUGAGAAUAGGAGGGCAGCCGCUCGGCUUUGAUGAAUGUGGGAUAGUUGCUCAGAUAUCGCAGCCUCUUGCAGGCAGUGAUAUAUCAGCUUAUUACAUUAGUACCUUCAGUUUUGAUCAUGCUCUGGUGCCUGAAGAGGAUAUAGCAAGUGUUACUGAGAUGCUACAAACUCAAAGAAAAGACGUUCCUUGUUGAGGUUUUUUUCAUAUUUAGCAUCUUUUAUUGGAGAAGAAAACAAAAACACAGUGGACGGUGAGCCACUAACGCAGUAUUACUCCUGAUCGUCUUACCUUCAGAAUACUGGGAAAUAUAACUUAACGUGUCCAAAGGCAUUAUAGUCAGGCCAUGUGACAAUGCAAAUUAUCCUUUUUUUUAAUGCUGCAAUUCAUCCAUUUGUUGAAAUAUUCAAAGUUUUUUUUUUGGAGUUUAGAGUCCACAUAUAUUGAAAAGCCAACAAAAAUGUAUUAUAGACUAUCAGGUGUUUUUAAUUUGCCUUUAUUUGCCUAAAAACCAGUAAAGCUUCAGUGAAUUCA